GCGUGGUGUUUGCUGCUGUUUCUGAGCUCGUGCUAAAUAGUGGCAUGGCUGAAGCUUUCGUUUUAACUUUAGAGACAUUGCUAAAGCACAUUGGAGGUGAAGGCGACCGUCGCAUACGGUGCAUCGUUGAAGGCGAAGCGGUGUUGAACGCCGGUCACCUUCUGUGUUGUGGCAUCAGCGCGCACUCCGUGUCUUCGCUCACAAUACAAGCGUUGUGCGUACAGACAAGCAGCCCGAAACAAAAGCCACACGAGCUGCGAUGCGUGGUCUUUCAAGACGGCAAGGUAGAGGCACUCUGCUCUUGCAAGGCAGGCGCAUCUCAACGGUGCAAACAUGCAGUUGCUCUGAUGCUGUUUGUAAACCGUGUUGGGACAUCAAACCUCGAGCAACUCUCUCCAACGGACCUGAAGCAAGCCUGGGGUCAUUUACGGACAACGCAGUUGUACGAGCCGAAGAUGUUGCAAGAGCUCUGCCACGUACACGCCGUGCCGGAGGUACAAGUGGACGACAUGGUGCUGGAGGACAUACGUAGCGAUCUCCUUUCGUGUGCCACGGAAUCUGCUCUUGCCCUUCACCUGAAAGGCAGGAAAACAAGUGAGGUCAGCAACCAUGGCAAAAGUCCAGGAGGCAGCUCCGGCGCUGUAAGUGCUGCCGACACUGAUUUCUUCCUCGGCAUAAGUCGCAGCACCUGUGUAAAACAGUAUGAACAAGUUAGUUUUCACACCGUUGCUUUUCUUGAUGUUGGGCACUUUAGAAUCAACAAGUUCAUGUGGGAAGAUCUGUCACCUCAAGAGCAGCAAUUUUACGAAAAACAUGUUGCCGUGACAGCUGACGAGGCAGCAGCCAUUUGCCACGACACACUCUUACAAGAGGGCGGUCGUUGGCAGCGCGAGCGCAAGCUGCGCAUUACUGCUAGCAGGUGUCGUGCCUACUUCACCUUUCUCCCUACGGAACACCGGUCGUGGGCAGAAAAGGUCCAGCUGAUGUACUGCGAAAGCUUCCGAGGAAAUAAGGCGACCCGGCAUGGGAAACGGUGCGAAGGACCUGCCUUGGAAAAAUACACAGAAAUGACGGGAAGCAGUGUCCGAAGGUUCGGACUCGUUGUAAACCCACUUGUACCCUGGCUCGGGUGCAGCCCUGAUGGUGUUGCAGAGGCAAAUGGUGUGCCGUCGAUCCUGGUCGAGGUUAAAAGCCCUGAGGCGGGAAUAAACACCUCAGCAAGGGAGCUGAUCGCUGCGAAGAAGGUUGGGUACAUGAUCAAAGAGGGCGAGAAUUACCACCUGCGAAAAAAACAUUCACAUUACUCUCAGUGCCAGCUGGGAAUGUUUUUGUUAGAUCUCAAGAUGGCUCACCUUAUGGUGUACUGUGAGAAGGGCUCCCUAAUCAUCCCUGUGAGCCGAGAUAGUGCACACAUUGACGAGCUCGUUAGGAAGCUUGAAUUUGUAUACUUCAAACAUAUUUUAUGCAAGCUAGCGCAGUAAGUCUUGCUGUGAACAUUGGUGCUGUCGGCUUGCUUUAC